GGCCACCACCAAAUGCUCGCUAUCGUAAAUCAUAUAUAAUGCAAAUGUUUACUUCGUUUGGAAAAUAAAAAAAGGUAUAACAUUGUUGUUAUUUGGGUAAACACGUUAAGUCCAACACACGUACGGAGCUGAUAAUGUCAUUGUCUCGGUGCAACAGUCAAACCCCUCCGUAUCAUAGUACAAUGAAUGAACUGGCUGGGUGUAGUGUAUUGAGCAUGGCAGCUGUGAGUAAAACAGAACCGCUAUGUCAACCCUGUUUUUAUCAAGCACAAUUCAAAGUGGAAGUCAACAUUAAGAAACCCUUGCAGCCCAUUCACCUGAGCAGUGAGCAGGUUGCUCUGGAGGUGCUGUCUCUGUGCUGCCAGCUUGAUCUCCUCAUUAGAGCUCAGGUACACCAGUUCCAGGAACAACUCAGGCAUGACAUUAGUCCUAUUGAGUCAGAGGCUUUCCACAGGCAAGGUACAGAUAUUGUAGAAAGGAUGAACCAAUGUCUGGAGCAUCUACCAGAACCUUUACCACAGCUAGAGGAUUACCUGGAUGUAGUGGGUCUGUCAGCCAUGUUUCCACGAGUUGAAAUCUUCAUUAUUCACGGAAGGCCUGUAGACAUGCUGGAGAGGCCAUCAAUGGAUGAUUACUUUCCGCACAUUGGGAAACUGAACCAGUUGCUUGUCUUGAGCCAACAGUUAGAAGAUGAUGUGCAGCAUCUGGGUAGCCACAAAUAUAUAGCCUACCAGCUGUCAGUGUUAUAUCAAGUUAUCAGUUCAUUUAAAGGUGUCCUGCCUUUAUCCGUUCUAAAAAGAGACAUUGAGGCAAACUUCAAGGCACUUAAAACAUCGCUGGUCAAAGAAGAUGCGUCCAAGCAGGAGCCGCAGUUACCUGCACAUUAUGUCAGCUGGAUACUCAAUGUGACUCGUAGUGUUAUAGCAUCAGUGACUGCACUCCCAGAUGAGCUGAUUGAAGACCUCACACCAGCAAUGUCCUUUGUUAGGAAUUUAACUUGAAAGCUGUCAGCAGUGCCAAUUCAGGUGCUGCAGAUUUGUGCAAUUUCCACACUUUUGGUAAAAAAAAAAAAAAAAAAAAAGUGCUACAGUGAUUUCAAUAAGGGGUUCUCAUAGGACGGAAUCCGGGUGUAGCAACUGUUUUAUGUAAUGUGUAUUUCUUCAUCAAAUGUUUAUUUAUUAAUGAUAUUUAUAAUAAGUUUAAAAAUGAUACCAAGUCUAAAUCCAAGUAAGGUUUUACAUUAGAUCGUACUGGCAAUUAAGAUUUGUCACAGAUCACGUAGAAUAUCUUUGAAAGUACAAUCCUUGAUGAGAAAUAUAUAUAUAGGAUUAGAUAACCAAUUUUAAAAUCAGCCUAUGGGGUCUAUUUGAAUGAUCUAAUACUGGCAUACUAAAAAUGAUUAACCUCAUUUUGGUGUUUUUUUUUUUUUUAUUGUACAGUGUGUAGUAAUGUAAAUAACCCCAGGAGGAAACACUCACCUGUAUUAAUAUAUAGUUGAAUAACAGCACUGACAACUGAGAAGUGUAAAAACUAGAACAAAAUACUUUAAAAUCACACUUGUAAUUCAUGAAUGAAUGGAUUAAAAGUUAUGUAAUCAUCCAAAAGCUUUCUGAACUUUCACCCAAUGCCAGCAUAUGUAGAUAGAGUUGGAUUUCUUUGCAGAGCAGUUAAAUCAAUUGUAUACUUUUAUUUAUUGAAUAUAUUUAGUUAAAUAUGUAUUUGUUUGACUAUAAUGCCCCAUUUCCAUCUGCCCCAUUAUACAGGGCCGUAAAAGUAGAUCUGAUCUUGUUCCACUAAUUCUGAAAUUGGAUCUGAUCUUGUUCCAUUAUAAUCUGGAAACUGAAUGUUAAACAAAAGUCAAAGGUCUGCUACAUGUAGAAAUAAAGGCAGAUAUUGGCCCUGUGUUGUAUGUGACUUGUAACUGUUUUCUUAAAUUCUGCGUACUCAGCAUUAGGCUGAAUCGAUUAGAUUUUUUUCUGCUAUUAAUCAAAAUAAACAAGACUGACUUUCAAAUCGCUCUCAGUUUAUAGUUGAAAACAGGAUUGUUCAGAGAAGCACCUUUAUCAUUUAUAUCAUUCACAAAAGUAAUUUGGUUAAAACCCCUGCUGUCGUUUGACUCCCACUAAAGGCAGAGAUUACAUUUUUCUGAGAAAAAGGCAAAUCGCACACAGUGAAAAUGAAUAUUCACUGUAUAUUGUCUGCAUUGUAAGAACUGUCUUUUUAUUACAAUGGUGAAAUUACACUUGUAUUACAUAUGUGUUAUUCAGUUUUCUGGGGACCCCCUGGGCAACCACUGCACCGCCCAGGGGUCCUUGAUCCUCUGAUCCACUGUAAGAGAUAAAGGUUUAGUUUGACAUUAUUUAAAGUUAAAUAUGAAAAAUAUAUGUAUUAUCUGGUUGUGUGAUUUCUAAAAAAAAAUUAUUUUACUAAUAUUGUAAUUCUGGUAUAUAUUUUGCUCAAAAAAGACUGUUGCACCACUGUUGCUUGGAGCUCCACAGUUGUAGGUAGCUAUUGUUUUUAAGAUGGUACAGUACUUUAGUACUGUGUGCUAGCAAUUGUUUUCACAGCCAUGUGUAGCAAUGCCUGUAGUAUAAUGUUUGGAGUUUUCUUUGCUAUUGUUUCAUGGGCAAACACAGCACUAAAUAAUGGCUAUCCUUUCCUUUCAUUGUCUUUUUUUCUAUACAACAUUACAGAAACUCAGUCAACUUUUCUCAGUAAGUGCAUUAGAUUGAGUGAGUCCACUGUCAUUGGUAUUGUAUUAAAAUGUUGAUCAGUGUCUAUACUGAUGUAAAAUGUUUUACCUCUAGUGUGACCACCUGUUUAAUUUCUAAGGCUCUUGUUUAGUGACAACAACAUUCCAUCAACAUUGUUAGCUCAGUAAAAGCAGGCUUUUCUUUUGGGUAACAUUCAGAUAAAGUAUUAGCUAAAUCUGUAGUUUUCAUCAAAGUUAUUUUUUUGUUUAAUGUAGCAUAUUUUGACAAAUGCUAUUGAAUUUUAGAAAUCAUGUUAAUAUGUGUUGUGUUCCGUUAUAUUUUUUGGAAGCUACUUAAUGUAUUUUGAGUUUUUACAUUUACAUUUAAAACACAAUUAUCAUUGUUAAUAAGAUGCUGGCUCAUCAUUCUUUUCCUUUAACAAAUAAAGUCAGACAGCAUUUUU